AUGGCUGUCGCCAACCAGUUGUAUCACAUGGCUCGUGCUCGCAAAUGGGAGCAGUGCUUGUCCGCAUUGGGCACCAUGCGGAACAGGUGCACGGCUUUUGACAUCGUGAAUUUCAACAUCUGCAUCCAUGCGUGCCGGCAUCACUGGGAGCAUGCCCUUUCGUGCUUCAGGCAUGCUCGUCAACAGAGGUUGCAGCCCACCGUCAGGACAUUUGGGUCCUUGUGUGCAGCAUUGGGCGUAGGACACAGGUGGGUCCAGGUUCUUGCAUUGCUGCAGCAUGUGCCGUGCACAUGGGACAACACCGACGUCUUGACCAACGUCGUGCUCGGGGUGUUCAAAAAAGCACAUCGAUGGGAUCUCGCUCUGGAGUUGUGUGCUGGAUGGAAAAUUGCAAAGACCAUCGACUCAGUUGGCAUGAUGGAGCUGGUAAGUGCAUGUUCCAAAAGUUUCAGAUGGCAAGAAGCCUUGGCGUUAGCAUGUCAAAACCAGGAGCCUAAAUUGCAAGUAUACAACUGGUUGUUAUACGGCUUCAGGGGUGGAGCUUGUUGGCAAGCAGGCAUUGCUCUGCUUGACCAUGCAGCUUCGCGACACGUGGCCGCAAACGCAAUUUCUCAUCGACAUCUGAUGUUUUUACUGGACGGUGCUCCGUGGCAACAGGCAGUUCAACUGCUGCAGGAUUCAUGUGGAUGGUCUCAGCGCUGGCGAGAGGCCGAUGCGGAAACAAUAGUGCUGGCCACUGCAACUAUGGAAUGUCAGCAUCGCCCGGUGGAGAAUCUGCACAUCUUUGGUCAGAUUGUUUAUUGCAAACUGCACAUGCGUCCAGAGAACGGCAGCGCAGCCUUCACAAGCAAAGGUGCACACAACAUCACCAUUUUACAUGAUUCCUGGAUGAAGGCUGGAUUAACUUCUUUGCUGGAGCCUGCUUGGUGCCGCCAUUUUCUCAGCCCUGUCAGUGCUUCCUUACGACUGAAAAGGUUUGUCCAGCCCAGUGCCAUGCGCCGCCUAUCCCACACAACUCUGGAGAAUGCGCAUGUCGUGCCCGGCUUCGUCGCGCGGCUAGUCACAGAAGUCAAUUCUCUCCGUGGUGCAUCGCGCUGGAGAACCACGUGGUGGAUGCAAGCACAGCUCGCUUUGCGCCCUCUGUUUGUGGAGUCGAGAGUUCUCCGAAGGGCUGAUGCUGGCACUGUGCGUGCCUGGAUCGGAUAUGAUUUGAAGCUGCCGGAGUCUACCGUGUCCAUGCGCGAUGAACUGACAUUUGAGGCUAGUAUCGUGAAGGGAAGCUACGAGUUCGACAUGCAGGAGCUUGCCGCUACAGCGCGAGGUUCCGGCGAUGUGAGAGCAUGGACCAGUCCUUUGAUUGCUGCUGCAUGGAGUGCUGGGCUGUGGAGAGCGCACCAAGGAACUUCAGGCUGCAUGGAGAGUGCGGCAAGCGAAACAGCCGUUUUGGCUGCGCUCGCCCAGAUGUCGGACUUUCUCCCGGCCUGGGAGUAUUUGGCUGAAAUGAAGGCUGGAAGUCUGGAGACCAAUGCCAUUGGUCUUGGUCGGCUGAUCUCCUGCUUGGAGCACGACCACACCAACGAGUCUGCUUCGCUUCAACGAGAAGUGAACCUCUUUCAUGAUCUGCGUGGCCCAGGUGGACUGCAGCCAGCAGCAUUGACCACGGCUGCUUGUCGCGUCGCGGUGGAGACGGGGCAGGCAGCCGAUGCCUUGAAGCUGGUCCGAAACCUGGCGAGAGGUCGCCAACCAGGCCCUUGGCACCGAGUGUGGAUUGCCUGUGGCGGUGAAGUGGAGUAA